CGUUUUCUCUCCGAGCGCUUUUCAAUUCUCUUCCGAAGUCUCAACUGCCUGUCCAAAAUCCAAAGCUGAGAAAACGGGGUUCUCUCUCUCCCUCUCUGAGUCUGUUGUUCUCUAUUAACUUUUCUUCCCUCUGCGAUGCUUCCACCGAUCGAUAAAUCGGUAAGGGGAACUCGUUCUUUCUCCCUCAAAUGGAUUCUUAAUCUUUUGUUAGGUUCGAGUUUCUACAAAAAAUUUGAUCUUUGAUCCUCGAGGAUGUCCCAAGCAGAUGUCUCUUACAGCUGUGGGUCUUGUGGUUACCCUUUGAACUUGAAUUCUUCUAACCGUAUUACUUCUGGCAUAGGUUCUGAUUACCGCAAAUCCAUUAAGAAGGGUUUUAUCUCUUUCCUUUCCAUUGAUAUUAGCAGAUUCACACAAGUUGAUGAGGUAAAUUGUCUCCCUGUCUCUUGGGGCCGCUACCGUUCAAAAACCAAACUUCUUUGUCGUAAAUGUGGAGUUCUUAUUGGCUAUGGGUAUGGAGACUCACCUGCUCUCUGUGGUUUUGACUCUCCCACAUCAUCUGCCUCUGCUUAUAAGUUCACCAUAAAGAUACGAGCUUUACAGCCAUCAGAAGAAAGCACAAAUGGGGGAUCAUUGUAAGGAUAGCGUGACCUCCA